UAAGCUGUGGGAGAAGAGCUAAAUCCGUGGGAGGUGCGGCGGGGCGGAAAGUGGAAACUCAGGGUCUAAGCUGACUGCUGCUCCUACUGGCUGGAACAUGGGAGAUUUGCAGGAAGAUGUAAAGUUUAUAGUGGAUGAGACCUUGGACUUUGGAGGGCUCUCACCAUCGGACAGUCGUGAGGAGGAAGACAUCGCGGUGUUGGUGAUUCCGGAGAAACCCCUCCGACGAGGCCUCUCCCACCGAAGUGACCCCAAUGCAUUGGCCCCCACCCCUCAGGGUGUGAGGUUCAGCUUGGGGCACCUGAGCCCAGAGAAGCUGGAGGAGAUCCUCCAUGAGGCCAACAGGCUGGCUGCGCAGCUGGAGCAGUGUGCCCUGCAGGAUCGGGAGAGGGCCGGCGAGGGCCCAGGGCCUCGCAGAAUGAAGCCCAGCCCUCGGCGGGAGACCUUUGUGCUGAAGGACAGUCCUGUCCGAGACCUGCUGCCCACUGUGAGCUCUUUGGCUCGGAGUACCCCCUCUCCAAGCAGCCACACACCCCGACUCCGGAGCAGCGAUAAGAAGGGGUCGGUCAAGGCUCUUCGGGCCACAUCUGGAAAGAGGCCCUCCAGCGCAAAGAGGGAGUCGCCCACUUGCCAUCUGUUCCCCACAUCCAUAAGCCCAGCAUCUUCCCCUCCAACCCGAUCAACUCCUCCAACCAGGGAAAAAGCUGGGCCUGGUGGGAGAGCAGCAGCAAGCCCGCCUGUCCCCAUCAGACCAGUCUUGGCCCCACAGCCUUCUACCAGCAACUCUCAGCGCCUGUCCCGGCCACAGGGAGUGGCCGCUAAACCUUCCAGUCGACUGCCUGUUCCCUCGGCCAUUCCCAAGCCAGCCAGCCGAGUGCCACUCACCAGCCGGAGUGUACCACCCAGCAAAGGUGCCCUAGCUCCAGAUUCAGUGUCAGCUCGGAAAGGACUUCCCAGACCAAGUGCUGCAGGGCACAGAGUUCCUGUUUCCCAGCGACCACAUCUCCCUGGUGCCACGCGCAGCAAUCUGCAGCCCCCCAGAAAAGUGGCAGCCCCAGGACCUAGCAGGGAGCUGGGGCGAGGGGGUGGGGUGCGGGAAGAAAGAGGAACAGGACCUGGUCCUUUGAAGAAGAGAGCCAAUUCCCAGAAGGGGUUAAAAAUAGAACAUGUCUCAGGCCACAGCAGGUCAGACGAAGUGGGGUGGUCUGUCUGA